AUGGCUAGAGUCGGUGGCGUUUUCUUGCCGGUCAUCAAAUCUUUGUCUCUCUCCGUCGGAAGCAAACCUGCCAGAGAGGUUGGAGUUGUACUCUCGAAUCCAUGGAUCACUUGGUUUAAAGCCGCGAGUGUUACUGCGUUUUUCUCUCUUCUUUUAACACCUCUCAUUGUCUACAAGCUUUACCCUCCUACGCAGAGGAAGAUUAGAGAGCAGAAAAAGAUUAAAGCUCGCGCUGUUGCUGAGAAACGAGCUCUAGCGCUUCACUAG